AUGGAAACCAUUAACAAGUGUGUCAAGUUGAUAAAUAAAGGCUCAGUAAGCAAAAUCAGGGUGUGUGAAGAGUUAUGUUUAUGCCAAGAACAGCAAAGGGAAGAGAAUUCGUCCAAUUUCCAACUCAGUGAAGCUCCAGGUGCAAAAAUGGAAGAUGGGCAUGAGGAAGAUCAUGAUGACAUGAGUGAAUUAGAGGAUGAAGUGAAUGGCAAUGAUGAUGUAUCACAGGACCAUAAGGAAGGGGCUGGUAGGACAAAGGAUGGAAACGGCAGCAGUUCACUAGUUGUGUCAGUAGUUAAUGAGACGUGCUAUGAAGUGGGAGACCCAAGAGUAACUGGGACAGGUAAAAUGCAUCAGGUAAUUGAAUGUGUGGUUGUAAAUGUUUAUGCACCUAAUGAUAGGAGUAUGAGAAGGAUUUUAUGGAAAAUUUUGGGAAAUCUAAAGCCUAAGUUUUCCAAACCAUGGUGCAUUGGGGGAGAUUUUAAUGAAGUUGAAAUAGUGGUUGAAAGAAAAGGUUGUAUUAGGAGGGAUGGUGGAAUGAAUGAGUUCAAUGAUUUUGUAAAUACAUUAGAGUUAGUGGAUGUUCCAAUGAUUGGAAGGAAGUAUAAGUGGUGCAACUCACAGGAAAGGGAGAAGUGGAGUAGAUUGGAUAGAUUCUUAGUUAGCCCUGAAUGGUUAGAAUGGUUUAGUUUCAAAUUGUGGGGGUUGUCUAGAUCAUUAUAUAACCACUGCCCAAUAUUACUAAUGGAGGAUGAGAGAGAUUGGAGUCCUAAACCAUUUAGAUUCCUCAAUGCUUGGGUUCUCCACCCCACAUUCAUGAAUAAGGUAAAAUUAGUUUGGGACAGUACUCAGGUGGAUGGAUGGGCAGGAUUCAGACUAAAGGUUAAAUUGAAAUCCUUGAAGGAAACACUAAAAGUAUGGAACAAUGAAGUGUUUGGGAAUGCUGAGUACAAGCUCAAAGAGGCUGAGCAUGCAAUACAUGCAUUAGACUUGGUUGCUGAAGUAAGGCCUUUGAAUGAUGUUGAAUUAUCAAGAAGAAGAGAGGUUAAAUGGAAGAUUAGGAAGCUGAGAAAAAUGAAAGAAUGGUCAAUUGAACCUUAUCAAGCUGAGUUGAUGGUGAAAGAGUUUUCUGGAUCAGAAAUACGGGCUGCCAUUAAGGAGUGUGAUGGGAAUAACGCCCCUAGGCCUAAUGGAUUUAAUUUGAUUUGCAUCCAAAAGGGGUGGAGGAUAAUGAAGGAUGAUAUUCUCAAAUUCAUGGCAGAAUUUCAUGUGAAUGGGAGGUUGGUGAAGGGCCUGAGUGUUUCCUUUAUAUCAUUAAUCUCCAAGAAGGAAAACCCAACAACGUAUGAUACAGUAAAUUGGAGCUUCCUGUUUGAUAUGUUGGGAAAGUUUGGGUUUGAGACCAAGUGGGUGGAAUGGAUGAAGACUUGUUUAGGUUCAGCUAGAGUAUCAUUUCUAGUUAAUGGCUCUUCAUCUGAGGAAGUGUGUCCCCAAAAAGGGUUGAGGCAAGGGGAUCCAAUCUCACCAUUUUUGUUCAUUACCAUAGCUGAAGGGCUAAAUAUUUUGUUAUCAAGAGACAGAGAACUAGGACUGAUAAAAGGGGUCAUUAUUGGCAAUGAAGGAUUGAAGUUAUUCCAUCUACAAUUUGCUAAUGACACAAUCAAUUAUCAUAAGAGUGCUAUCAGUGGAGUGAGAAUUGAUGAGGUUACGGUUGCUAAUUUUGCUUCAAGAUUAAAUUGCAUGAGUCAACAACUUCCUUUUAAGUACUUGGGUAUGCCUUUAGGGGCUAAUCCUAGAAGAAAGCAAAUUUGGAAACCUGUAGUGGACAAGUUCAAGGCAAAAUUAGCUGGAUGGACAAGAAGAGUGCUCUCAUUUGCAAGUAGAGUGACUCUAAGUAACUCUGUGCUCUCCAACUUGCCAGUUUAUUACAUGGCCUUAUUUAAGAUGCCUCAAGGAAUAGCAAAGGAGAUUGAUAAGAUGCUAUUAGCAUUCCUUUGGGGUGACAUUGAUCUAAAGAGGAAGUUACACUUAGUGAAGUGGAAGGAAGUAACAGUGAGCUAA